UCUACUUUGCGUGACGCUGGGUGGAUGUGCGCUUUGUUUCAGGGGAUCAUUGCGUACAGGGUGUUCGACGACCGGGCAUGUUAUGCAGCCAAAAUGAACCGGAACACCUUCCCUGCCCUGGAUAAACUCAGAGAGACUCUGGACAACGAGAAGAAUCAUAAGCAGAGCCCCCCUCCCCCAGGCAAGAAGUACAACGUGAACCCCGUCCCGAUGAAGGAUCAGGGGAAGCUGGGGGCCCCCGUGCAGGCGCUGUGCCAGGGACUUCCGGCCUACUGGGCACAGGAGCAGAUCGGUGAGAUGUUCUUCAUCGACGCUGGUGCCUGCCUCAGGGUCGAUCUGCUCAUCUUGGACGUGUCUCUCUGCGGGCAUGUCGGACUUUGGUAAAGAAACUCGACUCAGCAGUUCCGUGCCCUGCCGUCGCCCCUCUGCCUCUCAUAUAGAUCUGCAGUUCUGUAUCUAAACAAAGUAGAAACCCAAUAAAAAGUAGUUUGCAUUCAGCAUCUGAUUCAUUG